AUGUCCUCAAUUGACCUUGGACUCUUAGGGCCUGACGAUGAUGAGAACGAGAAGAAGCUAGCCAUCACGUUGCAGGACCUCGUAAACGACAAGACAGAUGCCGCAUCGGCUGCAAAAGUCGUCGACCUCAUUGUCACUGACGAUUGCCAAAAAGCCCUUUCUAUGUACAACUCAGCCAGCGAGGACGAAAAGACAAAUGAUUCAGUGCGCGGUCCCGCGCCACAAGGAUGGCAACAAUACUUGUACGACUGCCUAGCGUCGGCAGCUAUGAAGGUGCCAGCAUCACAUCCAGGCCAAGAUCGUCUUGUAAACUUGAUGCACGAGCUUGGGCGUCUGCCGAGGCAUUUUGUCCCUGCACUUUACUAUGACCCUCAGAGGAUCGUGGAGAAGGAGAUCUGGGUACUAACUCGAGAGAAUAACUAUGAUGGGUUCGGACAGUGGAUGUGGGAGCGGCACGAAGGUGAGUAUCAACUUUUAACUGACCAUGUUAUGCAAAGGCUGAUUCGGAAGGGUGCAGGCACCUUUGCAGGCUGGCGCCAAGUUGAGACAGAUUCCAACGCGGCAGCGGGUUAUCUCAACUUUUCUGCCUUCCUCGCACGCCUACUAUCAAGUGGCGCAGCCUCUCUCCUUGGUUUGAGUGCUCUUGUAUCUCCAUUUGCCACACGCAGCAUUGCCGCAGCCGCAUCUCGCGAACCGCAGAGGUAUGAGCCCUACAUAGCAGCCGCAGCACAAUGGAUACUAUACGCUGGCGACACGCUAUAUGAGAUGAGCGAAAUGAAGGUUCUAGCGAUGGUACGGUGGAAGCGAGAGCGUUGGGACAAUAUCAAGGCCAAGUUUGAGGCUGCAGCUGAGGACGACAGAUUCAGUACGGAUGCGCGAGAAUGGGCGACGAAGGCUGUCCUGUCCAUGAAACGUAUAGAAGAGCAAGGCGCUGGAGGAAAGAAGGAUGUGGUUGCAAGCUAUAAAUUCCCUCAGCUGGAUGAAGAUGACGAAGAAGAAGCAGAUAAGUGA